AUGUCAACUCCGAGACAAAAUCCGACACAGCGCUCGCUUUCAACGCACACGCUACGACAGCUCAAAUUUGUCAUUCCAGGAACUGCAAUCACCUAUUAUCUCGACACAUACCAUGUAUUCCUUAGCCUCCUCACAAACAAUGGCUCAGAUGGGUGGGGAAGCACGUUUGCACUAGGCUCGUUGACGCUGGGAGGACUCGUGGUCGUCCUCUUUCUCUAUGUCCUCCUUGUACCAUGGAUACGUGGGAUUGAAACCAACUAUCGUUCUUGGCGUGAAUCUGGGAUUCUUUCCUCUGUCAUCCCCAUCCUUACAGCUUCCAUACUAACGGGAUGGUCGCUGCUCUCCUUCACCCUUGGCGGUUGGUCUGGGCUCGGAUACCUUAAAGGAAUAAUUGGAGCGUCAGGCCUAUAUGCCCUGGUGUUCGGCCUUAUGGGGCUUAUAUCCGCCCCGAGGGUGCAUCGAUCAUAA